UGCAAAAACCAAACAUCAAAAGCCUAACUCUACAAAGUGUCGUCCAUCAUGGGUGUCAGCUCUUAAAUCAUUGGUGGAAGUGCAAAUGGAAAACUCAGAUACGCGUCAGGUAACUAUGGAGGAAGGUAUUUUUGGUGAAGAGCAGUAUAAUGAAGAAAUUACCAAAGAACAGAUGUAUGAGUUUUUCGAAAAUACAGAAAUAGGUGUCUUUGUUGUCUGCGUAUAUAUCAGGUACUUGUAUCAGAAGUUUGUGCGCGACACUGAUUUCCCAAGGAAAUUCUCCUUCUUAUCCCCCCAUCGAAUAUCCUUGGUGUUAAUUGAAGCAGAACAAGAAUUGGUCAAAGAAUACAUGGUUAAGGAAUUCUUGAAAUAUAAAGAUGAGCGCAAGUUAUUUAUUCUACCAUUUUAUAUACAUAAGCCUAUUGGACAUUGGGUGUUAUUUGUCAUUAAUCCCAUAUCGGAAAUCAUAUAUUAUAUGGAUCCAUUACUCAAUGACUAUAUGAAUUACCUAAAAAUGAAGAGUAUGUUUGACACAGUUCUAAAGGUAUUUCGCUCUGCAAGGGACGCUCAAGUAUCAAAGAAUAAAUUUAACAACAUAUCAUGGGUCCGAGUACAGUGUCCUCGCCAAGAAAAUGGUAUAGAUUGCGGGUACUUUGUGAUUAGGUUUAUGAAAGAGAUUCUCAUUUCAAAACUAAAUGAGAUUCCAAAUACAUUGAGGGUUUCAACUGUGUGA